GAGGAGGCAGAUUGGGAGGGAGAAUGAGGGAACUGAGAUGGAAACAAACAUUAACUUUUAAUGCUCUUUAUUGGAGCAAGGGGAGGGAGGGAGGGGCGAGUCAGUUGCAGACAGUGGAGGGAGACUGAGGGAGGGGAGGGCUAUGAAGUAAGGAAUUAGAGGGAGAAUAGGAAGAGACAGGAGACAGUAAGGGAGGGAGGUGGAGUGAGGUGGUGUGUGUCGGGAAGAGGCAAGGAUCAGCUCACACUGCUGAUAAUAUUCCCUGGGUCAAGUCAUGGAACAUGACGGUGAGUUUUCUUCCUCUAAAAAAGCAUCUUCCUCUUUCUCUGUGCAUGUUGUCUUCAGUGUUUUAUUGGCAUUCUCCCUCUUAAUGAAUGUCAUAGGAAAGAUUAUACACAAUUACACAGACACACACACACAUGCAGUCAUUAUUCACUCUUGUUCUUCUCUUGUGUAGCUUUGUUUGCACCUGUUCGCUCAUUAUUACUUUUAUAAGCACUGUAAAUCCUCUGCACUUAUUACAAGAUUUACGACUGCUUAAAGCAUCUGUGUUUAGUUUCAGCUCGGAUUUGUUAACACUGCUUAGUUGAAAAGAUUUUAACGGGGGUCAUAGUGUGUUUUAACAAGCACAUGAAUCAGUAUCUGUGGCUUCACCUGCUUUGCAAAAUGAGCAUCUGGCCAUUGUUGACAGAGAUCAUUAGCUUCUCCGUUUGCCUCAUCUCAUAAUCUUAAAUAAAUAUGCUCCAUAGAGCCAUGACAACAUCACAAAAGUCAUGCAUUAUGUACAAGAACACUACUUUACAGACAACUACCCUGUGUGCAAUAUUAAUAAGAUGCUAAUGCUGCGAGCAUAUAACACUUAAUAACAUUAAGGUUGGCGAGCUUAUAUCUUCACUUAACCAGGCUUCUAGUGUGCUGGGAGAUAGUGUUUUGGCAGAUCUUAUGAGGCAAUGAUCAUUGUGUGCUUAACUUUGAUAACAAUUAUAAGUUUGUUUCAUUAGAGACAAUGCCUCCUCUAAUCGCUGCAACUUCAUUGUAAUCAUUCUUUAGGGUAAAAACAGGCCAAUAAAUCCAGGUAGGAUUUGUUGGAAGCCAUCUUGAGUUUACUAGACUAAAUGACUAUAAUAUGUUGGUGUCACACUCUGUCAGAGGACGCAGGGAGGCAAGGCAGGCUAUAUCGGGCCUGUGUUAUCUAAUAUAGUUUGAUUACCGUUUGCAGAGGUUGUCAUAACAUAUCACAGUGGUUAACUGGCAAAAAGCCGCUGCUGCUGUGUGUUAAUGAAGUGAGCCAGACGUUUGGAGCAGAAAUGAAGUUCAGACUCAAGUUGUUUUAUUCUUUACAGUGAUUUAUUCCAGUCUAAUCUCAGUUUCUUGGUGUCUGUGGGGAUAUUGCCAUCCUUGCUUUUGUGGAUUUGCUGUUGUGGUUUUGUGAAAGAGUAUUUUGCAAGGCAAAGCAUGUAAUGUGAUGCGUGUGAACACGUGAAGUUUGCCGUGAAGCUUUAGAGUGUAUUCAUGAGAUGUUGACAUGAAACACUAUUUAAAAAAGUCACUGUUGUAGUUAUCAUAUAUAGGACAUUUAUAUGCAUGAGAGUUUUGUGUUCUGUUUGUGUCCGUCUAUGUUUUUACACAUCCAUCUUUGGACCUAUGCCUGCCGAAGAAAACACUCUUAAACAGUAAACACAGCUUCCCCACAACUACAGAGUCUGGUAAAGUCACAACUCCUGUGCCAGUUUUCAGUUGGCAGCUGUCCCUGUGAGAUACGUGUCUUCAUCUCUCUUGCACAUUCUCAUGUGAUUAGUAAGCUUGCCCUGAAAACUCUCUGCUCGAUUGAUGGAUCUACUAGUUUGACAGGAUCAGUCACCUCUAGCUGCCAAAUUCUCUUGGACUAAUAAUGCAUUAAAGUAACAACUCACUGAUUGACUUCAAGUCUUUUAGUGCUCUCUUAUCAGAUCUCGGUGCAGAGUUUGUCGUCUUUUUUUAGACCCAAAGUAUUUACUUCCCUUUUCGGUGGUUAUAGCCGCAGAAAUCUUUGCACACUUGCUGUAACCAUGGAAUACAUGUGUCAAAAAAACUGAGAAUGGUCAGCAUGUGGUCCUGCCACAAACCUCUUGAGCCAUUUGGAAGCUGGCCAAAGCAACCAUCUUCAACCAGUGGCUCUUUACUUUAAAACCAACCACAUUGAGUCUACAUAAGAUAAAUAAUAUGCCGACACGACAAAGCAAACAUGAGUGGUGUGCUUUCAAACAGAUGUUUUAGCAAUUGAAGGCAACUCCACUGAAUCGGUCCAAAUAUGGCCUUAUAUAGUAAGACUAUGAAGGUGUAGAUAUAAAUACCGGUCACUGUUUGUUUACGGUCCUUGUUCACUGCCCUCUUAUGGCCUCGUAUCAUACACUUCUAAAUCAAGAUCACAGCAUUUAUUUGCUUUAUGACACACAGUGUUUGUAAUCUGACAUUACUAUUACAUUUCCUGUCUUUGCAACCGUCGCCCUUUGGUUUUUAUGGAAGACCCCGCACUACUCUAUCAAUCUUCCCUCCAUCUCUCCUGUCCCCGUCUCACUCGGCUCGCUCUUCCUCCAGCUCUCAGGCCGCCUGUCUGGCAGGAUGUCAACUAUUGAUUUAUACAGGCAACAUUUUAGCAAUGAUGGCGGCUUAUGGGUUGUGCCAAACAGAAUACAACAAACAGGAGAUCAGGUUACAGACAGGCUGGCAGACAUAUGUGAAGAGGAAGAGGGAUGACAGGAACCACUGCUGUAUCGUUGCAAUAAAAGUACGAUAGAUAUCAUGAGGUCGAUAUCCUCAUAACCAGGAGCUUUGUGCUAUAAACUCUCAAAGAAGAGACAACCUCAUAACUGUAGGGAGGUAUGAUCAAAUGAUGAUUAAAAAAAGGAGAGGGCUUUUUUUUUCUUUUUCCGCUGCAUGAGUUUGAUCAUGUGCUGCAUCUAAGUCAUCAAUGGAGUUAUUGUUUAAGUUUAGUUAGUGCCCCCAUGGCCACAAGCAUUGCAGCUUAUUCUCAAAUCUAUUUCAUGUAAGUUUUAAUAAGUAUACAAUUACCUGCGUAUAGAAAUCAUUAUGUUUUGUGUUUUUGUUUAACUUAAAACAAGGCUUUGUAACUGCAUAGGAGCUGGUUCCCCUCCACAGAGGCCCCAGAAAUACAGAACAGACAAACUAAUGACAUUUAUGUUUUCAUAUUUGGUGGACAAGUGAAAUGAAAUAGUUGGAAGACAGAGAUGAAGAGAGUAGUUGUGCACCCAAAUUUUGUAUUAAUUGACAAAUGGAGGAUCAAUCUACUAUCAUACAUCACAGGAGCUCACUGUCUUUGAAAACCACUCUUUCCUUACUGACAGGGGGGUGAGCAAGGGAGCCUUUUCAGUCUUGAAUCUGACAGCAAAGUAUCGCGAAAAAUCUCACAUAUUGUACCUUUAAAAUCUCUAACGGAAUGAGUUUGGGGAAUGGUGACUGAGCCUGUGAUCGUGAUUUUUGAUGAAAAAAAAGCCUUUGUGUGCCGAUAUACCGAAUAAAGUCAACUCAAGUGGUACAGGGUUAGAGCCACAUUAAGGGAGAAAGAAAAUGAAAUUAUGAUGAUUUGUUUCAAGAAUUAAGUCAUAAUAUUAUGAGAUGAAAGUCUUAAUUGUGGUCUGUAGUUAGUCUAUAUUAAUUUAAAAUGGAAACCCUGGAAAAGCAGCCAGCUACCUGCUUAAAAAUGAGUAAAGUAUAUUAUACGUUAUAAAUUUAUACUGUCAAAAACGCACCAACAGUGACCACUUACAGCCACAGGUGUCAUCAAAAAGCAUGAAUCAGGGCUCCUCUUUAAAGUAACCUUAUUUUUUUCUUUGAUUGAACUCAUAAGCUACUACGUCUUAGAAUUAAAGGACUCUGGUGUCAAAAAAAAAACAAAAAAAAAACAUGCAACCCAUGGACCAUUAUCAGAUCUGAUCUAAAAUAUAACUCAGUUCUUAUUGGUGCAUGGGUCAUCACAACUUUCUUGCUGGUCCCUGCUUUUUUUUUAACAAGUAGUAAGAGUUCAGAGACAAGAACAAAUACUGACAGCACUUUGUGGGACACUGGCCAAACAUUGUGUGCUCGUAGAAAUAUUAACGGCUCGUGUUUGUUAUUUCAUUUCCAAACUCUUAACUUGUAACCGAAGAUAAAUGUCAAACAGCAAUCACUCUCAUGGCUGUUUUACAUGUAAAUGUAACUAAUUAACUUUAUUUAUUCUACUAACCAGAAGUUUUUGACAGCUAUUUUUUUCUUUUUGUCAUGAUGAGUCUUCAGUGAUUGUUUCCUGGAACUUCUUAAGCUUGGCUUUGUUUUUGGUAUUGUGUCUGCUCCUCACAGAGUCACACCUGACUGCCAGACUGUUGAUAUACAGAAUUGUCCGGUCCUGUUCUCCUGAAAGGUUUAGCUGCUCUACAACACGUGGCAAAUUAUCUCAAACAAGCUGUGUGCCAAGUGUCAGUCUUUUAGCUUUGGCUGAAUUCUGAGACUUGAACCCUGCCAGAAACUUAGUUUAAUAAAUAAAUCAAGGGGAGGGUAAAAGGGCUCUGAAAAGUAGCACUUAAACAAUUAUUACCCCCCUGUUCCGCUGAGGCUGCUACUUAAUAUUUGAUGACUCCUUUCCUUUCCUCUGGCCCUCCCGCUCUUUCUCCCUCUUCACCCCUUCUGUCUUUCCUUUUGCUGUUACGGUCAAUGAAAAGGUCACACUCCCCCCGUUGAUCUCUGUUAUUUAGUGUCAGGACACACAGGACCUGGAUCCCAAAAGUGUCACCUUGGCUCUAGAUUCCCUUACUCCAAGGGAAAUCCUCGCGACCUGUGGUGUAACCUUAAAGAUCUACAUUUGGAGGACUUUGCACUUGCAGGUUAAUAAAAGGUCAUAAUACUGAUUCAUGCUAAAUCUGGAGGAUUAAUUAGUUUAUUCUGACACAGUGACACAGAAGUUGUCCUACAGCCAGAUGAAAUGUUGAACACACAAAUUCUGGCAUGAAACACUUUCAAAAUGUGUUCAAACUUACAAUAACAAUAUGCAAAACAUGUACUGACUGAGGCAUCAUAAAAAUCUUUUAACAUGAAGGAAGACAGAGCAUACAACUUUGAGUACAAGCUACUUCAUUUGGUUAAAUUAACAUGAGCUCUGGGGCGCUGGUUCAGCUCAGUGGUUAAGUUGUGCAGAGGUUAUACACCUCAAAGAGGGGAGCCUGGGUUUGAAUAAAACACGUUGCUCUUUGUCACAUGUCAUUCCACUUCCUUAUCUCCAGUUGCCUACUCUGUCCACUGUCCUGUCUUCUUAAUAAAGGCAAUAAAAGCUCAUAAAAUAAACUUCAUAAGAUAAAUAAAUAGAUCUGUACAGUAGAGCAGAGCAGAUUUUUGUGUUGAUUUGAAGCAGACACUCGUGGUUAUAAAAAAGAUGAAUGACUUUGUUAUUUGGUGUUUAUGUUCUUCUCUCACUGUCCCUCCUAAAAAUGUAUGUUAUCAUUUUAAUGUAUGUGCAUUUUUCUUUUCUAGUCUAUCUAAUUUCCCAUCUGUUAACAUUGAGGUGGUGAACAUUAUGAUCAAUACUGCAGCCAGCCAGUGAGGGAGCUGUAAGUGUUUGGCUUCACCUCUUAGAAGCUGAUUUGCUGUCCAUUUUUUUAUACAGUAUAUGAAUGAUACCAAAACAUUUUACCCCGUUGGACCUGUUACAUUUGGAUGUUUAUUUUCAGCCAUGUUGGGAGUUUGUUCCAACUGUCCUCCAUUGGUCAUAAAUUUAGGGAAUAUUCAACCUGUAAAGAUCUCAAUCUGAACUGUAAUGGUCAACAAUUUAAGAUGCAGUAUUUUAGAGCUUAAGCUAAAAAGGUAUUAAGUUAAAGUACAGAGCAGUACAGACCACGAAUUUUGACCAGCUGUAUGUGAUUUCCUACCUUAACCUGAUUCAGUCGGUCUGAACAUGCUGGAUCAGCUUGCUUGGUGUCCCGUUCUGAUAAUUUUUUUUGUGUUAUCACAACAGUAUUCUUUACUGUCUGUGAACCCCCAACAAUUUCUGUGUUUCUGUUACCUCCAGUAAAUAACUUUAUCUCCUUGUUAAUGCAAACACAGUCACUUUCCUGUUAACUUCCCUGAGCACAUCCAUCCUUCUCUUCUGUUUACACUCUCUCGCCUCUGCUCUGACUUCCUUUUCUCUUGCAAUAACCCACUCCUCUUUCCUAAGGACAGUCCUGUUGUUGUCAUGGCAACUCCCAGGUGUGAAAGGGCUCCAUAUUUGUAUCCUGAUCCAGAAGGACACAAAUAUGGAGCUGAACUUUGCAUCUUUAUAAUGAUAUCUGCUUCAAGUAAAUGAAGUUUUCACAGUUGUAUGUAACGAAAAAGUCUGUUUUAUUACCUGGCUUUGUUAAAUAACUAAUUCUGAGAGGUCAAAGUUCAGUAAUAAUGUUGAUUAAUUCUCAUUGUGUGCUAUGAAUAUAAGAUUAAGUUGUUGUCUGUUUAAAAUAAAAUGCACAAGACAGGAAAAAGAGACACCAAAACACACAGACUGAGUCAACAAUGAUUCAGUGAGUAAUUAAAUUAAUAUCCUACUGGUUUCGGUCCUGACACUAGAUGGCAGUAUUAGCCUUAAUGGAAAACCACUUUAUGUCCACAAGAGGGAAGUUUGAUUUGGCAGCGUGUGUGUGUGUGUGUGUGUGUGUGUGUGUGUGUGUGUGUGUGUGUGUGUGUGUGUGUGUGUGUGUGUGUGUGUGUGUGUAGACUAUCUGCUGUCUGGCCGCUCAGUUCUGUCUGGCCGGGAUCUGAACUGUCUCAACUGACACUUUGUUGACAGUGAUGACAGAUAAAGCUCCUCCUUUCCCCCUCUCUUUCUCUCUUACACACACAUUACCCUAAAUAAGACUCCCCUCAUACUGAAAGUCAAAGGUAGGAGUGUUUGUCUCAGUUUGUUGCACUUCUGUGUGCUGAUAUUAAACAGGUAUCAUUUCUUUAAUCUAGUAUCAAAGGAUUAAAAGGCCAUGAUGACAAACUGUGAUAGAUUUUAGCUUCUCCUCCAAAGCUUUUAAAAUAAACUGCGGGUAGAGACUACUGUACUGACUGUCCCCCUGAGACCCAGACACUGUCCAGACCCCAGGCUCAUUCACUUAUUCAUCAUGGCCUGUAAGCUCAUUAUGCUGGGUCACAUAAGGUUUGUUGGCCCAUGAAGAUGACGGGGGCAGAAAAUGUAAACUUAGUCACUUGACCUUUAAAAUCAGAUGUUGUGCACUUACUUUUCUUGACCAAAUUAAAUAAACAGCCUACUCUUAAGAAUAUACUGUUGUUAACGUGUUGCCUAAGAUAACAUUUGUGAUUUUCUGGCAAAAAAGAUUGUAAAACAUUGAUCAUGAGGGUGAAAAACAGAGGAAAGUAGCAAAUUAUUGAUCCAUAACUAGUUAUAUGAGUUUUAAAAAGUUUUUCUUUAUUUUAAUGGGAUAUUUUUGAUUGUACAACAUUUUCAAACACUAACUGACAGUCACAUCGGAUACAGAAAAACUUAAGUGCAAUAUCAAACUGAAUGUCUUUGGGUUUGUACACUGAUGGCAUUAUGAUGGGCAGAUACCAAGCUCCUCUUAUCAUUUCCGCCAGAUGUUGCAGCUGUCUCAGCCCGGAUUUUAUCAUACCUCUCUGAUUUCUCAAACUGAAUGACAGAACACCACAUUUAGCUCAAUCUAUGAAGGACCAAGCUCCUCAUCAGAUCAAUAUCCACUAGCUCUAUUUGGAACUUGGGUGACAUGAUUAAUGACCAGCUACUCUUUAUGUGACUUUGAUCACUUGAUCAUGCUGAUUUGUCCUCUAAGACAUCAGGAGGAUCCCUUACGUUAUAGAGCAUGCAACACAACUCCAUAUACAUACUCUUAUAAUAUCACACACUGACUACUGCAACUCCUUACUGGCAGGCCUCCCUACAUGCACAUUUGAUCUUCUACAGAUGAGCCAGAAUGCAACAGCUUGGCUGGUCUUCAACCAGCCAAAAACUGCACAUGUUGCCCAGCUGUUCAUAUACUCCCACUGCCUUCUAGUUGCUACCAAUAUCAAAUUCAAAACCCUAGAAUUUAUUUGCGAAACAGUGAUAAAAACAGCUCCAACCUACUUUGAACCCUUUCUUCAUGUCUACACUCCCUCCUGCCUGCUACACCCUGCAUAUAGCGCCUGGUACUCCCAUCGCAAACCAUCAUUGUUGCCCCAGCAGUGGAAUAAAUCACCCAACUCUUUUUUGAUGUAGUCCUCAUUGGUGGAAGUCUUGGACUCAGCACUUUUGUGAAUAGCCUAGCAUUUAAUAUUAACCCUAAUUAUGAUGUUAGCUGCAUAGGUGUUGAUAAUGGUGAUAAUAUUGAGGUUAGCUAGGGAUCUGACCAUGGAAAAUGUAUUUAUCAGUAACUUACAGAGGUUAUCUAGCUCUAAUAAAAGUCCCAAAUGUUGCUUUAGUACAAUCUCUAUGUAGUUGGCACGUGUGACUGUAUUGUCUGAUGUUUUAUGAAUAUUCUUUAUCAGCGGUGACAUAAUAACAUUUCUGUCAGCCAAUAGGCCUGCACAAAUUUCAUUAUAUCUACCCUUUAUUACAACCUAUAGGGUGUGACCUGACUUCACACUGCUGUUGGUUGCAGGAGAUAAGUACACACACAUUGCACGGGAGCAACAUAACACACUGUAGUUUCGGGUUGCAGUUUGUUUCUUAAAACUAUUUGGUGAUACUUAAAAAAUUUGGUUUGGGUCAGAACAAGUGUGCUAUACAUUUACUGAUUAAACUGAAUACCUAGGUAACACACUUGUGGCCUAUCAAAGUCCCAUAAGUCAUGCUAAGUAUGGUUGCUGUAAGCCCCACCUAAUGUUAUUCGAAAGUGGCAUUAUGCAUGUGAUCUUGUGGGAGUCAAUGUUGAAUCAAGGUUUUACUGUAUGCUUGGUUAUGUAAAUACUGGACUGCCUAAUUGUCCUUGUAUUUUUUAAUGCAGUGGCUGACAAAGUGUCACCUUAAAUAAACUGGGUAGGGCAAGUCUUUGACUUUACAAAUACUAUGUUAUACACACAAAAACAGCAUGCUUUGCACCUUUAAAAAUAUCCCGAAAAAUUCAGUUUAGAUUUAGCCUUUGUAGCCCAGACUCAAGAAAGUUUGUUUUAGCAUAAUGGUGAUAUUGAGCUAAUGCUUGUCACUAACAAAUUAUAUUAAUCAGUCCAAUUAAUUGGAAAAUCAAUAAAUCAGUCUACCUCUCUUUCAGAUGUAGCCUACAAAAACAUCCUGUAUAAUUAAAUACACUUGUCCAUGAACAUCUGUAUUGGUGAUCCAUUGAAUAUUAUCUGCAUUCUGCUGUUAAAAUCAGUAUGUAUGUAUUUCAGGGCAAAACUUUUUAAUUUAAGAUUAGUUUGAAGAUAUAAUUUCAGAUAUCUAAAAAAACAUAUUAUUUUAACAAAUACACAUUAGACAUUUAUAUUUGUGUCAAAAUAUAUCAGAUAUCUCUGCAAUGUGGACUUCCACACGUACCCAUGUUUUUUUCAGCAAGCAAAACGCUGAUGAAGAUUAGAUGAAGAGCAAUUAUCAACAAUUCAUUGAGUACUCUGCAAUAUCAGAGAAGGGUAGAGUGGGGUAAGAUGAGCCAUUUUUCAUAUUUCAGAUCACUACAUCACGGCAAUCAUAGUUUAGUCUCUAACUCACAUAUCUGCAUCUAUUUCAAGAUGUUGUGCAUCCCUGCAAACCAACAGAAUGAGUGUAAAUAUAACUGUCUUGAUGAUAUAGCAUGCCAAAAAAGUGGCCUCCUAUGGUCAACUUACCCUGUGUAUGGGGUAAAUUGACCAAGGGAGCUGGGUAAGUUGAGCCAUAUCCCUACUAUCCUCAUGUUGUAGCUCAUAGAUACCACAGUUGAUGUGUAAAACAAAUUUAAAAUGAUCUUUUUUGGUCUGAACACAAUUCUAAUAAAACUUACAACAGACUAAAUUCACUUUCAAGAGUGAAAAAUGUUCAUCCAUGUGCUUUUAACCUUCACAGACUCCAUGAAUUGAUGCCUAUCUCCUAAAUAUUUGGUAACAUGAUCAAUUUCUUUUACCAUUUGGCUCAACUUACCCCACUCUCCCCUACAUCAGGUAUCUGUACAUCCCCAACAAUGAAGGUUGUUUAAAUCAAACACAUUCUCCUCCUGACAGACCAUCCAUAACAAUGAUAUUGCGGUGUGCUCUGCUGGUGUUAAUGACUGUGUCUGAGGGUGUCGGUACCCUGCACCCUUUGACCCCAGCAGCGCCUCUAAACCGGCCGGAGGAAUGAGCGGCAUUCUUCAGCUGCUGGCAGCGGCAGCAGCAGCGGCGGCAGCAGGAGGAGGAAGAGGUGGGAGGGGAAACUACGACGUAGUACAGACCCACAGUCAGUCAGUCAGUCAGUGAACCAAGUUUCCAGCGACUCAGCUCCCUCAGUCUGUAACUUUUUACGACAUGAGCUCACUCAGCGCUUGUGGAGAGGAUUUGAGCGGUGGUAGGAGACCGUGAUAGUGGGUUUUUAGGUGCGGAGGGCGGGCUCGGUCCUGCCCGGUGCAGCUCAGGAGAAGCAGAAUAUGGGUCAGACUGCUGUGUCUGCCGUGUCCCAGGCUGCGAGCGGUGAGUGUGUGUACAUAAUGUGCGUGGAGGAGCACUCCCUCCCUCUUUCUCUCUCUCACACACACAUUCCGCUAUCUUUUUUCAGGAUGUCUGCUCGUUUUCUUUUGUCUUUAACAUUUCUAUCGAACAAUUUAUUGAAACUUCCGCAAAACUUAAUCGAAACAAAGCGCUACGGGGUGUUGUGCUAAUAGGAAGUUAGCUUACAUGAAGUGCCUGAUAUUAAUUGAAAGGAAAUGCAUCAUUUUAAAAGUCUCUUUUACUAAAUGUACCCCAUGUUGUGUUACCUAACUGCUGUAAAACUAAUGAAAUAGCUAGUGUUAAGACUGCAAGAUGUGUUGUGUAACCAAAGAGUUGUUUAUAAGGCUGCAUUGUUGCUGCUGGGUAAUGAAGUGCACUGUUUGAUGUGAGUUUAUGUAUUUAGCAGCCAGUUUGACAUGAGUCCAGAAGAGCUGAGAGAGAACAGCUCAGUAUUGUUUUCUACUAAAGUCCAGAGAUUGAGCAGAAGACUGUCUGAAGCCUUUAAUCUUUGUGGAUUUACAUUAAAUUCGCAGUCAAGAACUCAACACAGCAUCAUCAUAAAGUCAACAAGUGGGGCUGCUGCAAGCUACCACUGUUUUCAUUAUAACUCUAUUUUAUUUUCAUGGUAGAUACUUGUCUCUUUAAAGCUGAAUCUAAACAAAAAUGUGCAGUGCUGAUCACUUUACCCCAAGUGAUGACCUUAAAAUGAUUUUCUUAUCUUAACAACAGUUCAAAAUCCAAAGGCUCCACAUUAACCCACAUUCAUGAUAUAUGAAAGUGACAAAUCUCUACCUGUACCAAGACAGAAACAGAAACAGUAAAGGGUGAUUUUUGCAUAAAAUUCAUUUAAUUUUUGAUAUAUUUCCAUCCAGCCAUCCACGUAUCUAACAAUUGAUAAAUCCGUGUAGCUCUGGUGCCUGCUACCUUUGUUUAGUAUUUUUAAAGAGGAACUUACAGUUGAGGUGUGACAGUUGCAAAGGUCAAGGUGCUUCAGUAGUUUAAUGAGCAAGUCUUUGGUCUUUGAUACAGCGCUGCUCUCAAAUGGCUAUUCAAAGUAUAUAAAACUUAUACUCAAGGAAACCUGAAAAAGAAAACUCAUAAUUUCUGCUGCAGCGCCUGUGACUGAUAGCACCAACUCAUCUGAGAACAGCUGAUCGCUUGCUUGUGCGUUACCUGACUAGUUUGCAAAAAUUAUCUAAAAUACGGAGAUCUCCAUCCAACAUAUAAUUCACACAUGCUGAGUGAGGAAGUGCAUUUUUAAGUAGAUUAAUGCUUCUUACUUAUUGCAGUUUUUCAGACUGUUGCUGUGUGUUUAUUGUGAAUGCUUGUGAUGCGAAAGUGAUUGAAAUGUGAUUGAUUGUGCAGAGCUGGAACAUAAUGUGUCUCUCUGUCCAUUGCAUAAUGUUGAAAUAUUGAUUACUGGGGAAGUAAAUCCCAAGUGUCAUGAUCUGAUAGUAUAAUUCUUUGAACAAUAACACAGUUUUUGCCAAUUUCACAUAGCUGGCCAAGGCAUGAUUUGAUUCAUCCCAAAUGAUGGGCCUCAAAUAAAGUUAAAAACAAAGUGAAAGACCAAUUUUAUACGACAGUUUAAUACAUCUACAUCAGCAAAUUAGAAGCAAUCAGAAUUAUGUGUGACAGCUUCAUUACAGAAUUCCCUCAGAUAUCAAAGUGGACAAAUAAACAUUAUUUAAUAUGGAGAAAAAUAUAUGUAUUGGCUUGUCAGUGUAAUCUUGCCAUACAUUAAAAGAGCCCAUAUGAAAGCUAUACAUAUACUUGGUAAUGAUGAAUUGCUGUUUUAAAAUCAGUGGUUACCUUAAAGCAUACUUUUACACACACAGUUUGGUUAAAAAAGUCAAAAUGAAUACUUUUUAAAUCAAGGUUCAAAUAUUUUAUCUUCAGUCUUUUAUUAACACGACCUCCACUGUUCAAGAGGUUAAAGUUAAGUUGUCUCUGUAAGGUUUGUCUCCCCCCAAAAGGCUUUUCAAAACCUUAAACUUAAACCCCAACUCUCUAAGUUUUUCUAUUACCAGCACAAGAGUGUGUAAGAAACAGUUGUGCCUCCUUGCUUACAAACGUUUUUUUUUCCUUUCCAUCCUUACUCUUCGGUCUGUCCUGCAGCCAUUAAAAGUAAACAUUUCACAUUUGUUCACAUUUUUAUGGGGAAGCUUUAAGGCAGCGAGGUACAGGAAGCCACAAAGAACUCCGGAUGAAGACAAAACUGGAUCUUUUUACGAUGCUGUCAGCAUUUAGAGUAAAACGCAAACUGUUUUGUAGCUCACUUAAGCCAACAUGUAUAGGAUCCUAGAGCUGUAAUUAUGAUGUAUCUGCUCUACAUGGCUGCAUUAUGGCUUAUAUAACAACACCAUGAUGUACCCUAAAUGCUGAAUGUACAGUACUAAGAGCAAGAGAGGGAAGUAACUCUGUCGGGGUCUUGUUGAAAGAUCAUUUAUGUUGAACUGAUAUCCUCCCACCCUCUCUGAGUUAUAACUCUGCGCUUAAACACAACUUUUUAGCCAAGCUUCCUGUUUGGUUUCUUUUUGCUUCUUACUCAACCCAAGCUGUUUGGUCCUGUGAGUAUCAUGAGUUUAGCAGUGCUGUGUGUGUCUGGCCUACAUUGAAGAAAGUUUUGGAAGAAAUUACCCAAGUGUUAAAACUGCAGCCAAUGCCCAGUGCUGCCCCUCCCUCUGAUCCAUCCAACACAUCUUAAGAACUUUUUUCUACUGCUUUUCCUCCCCUAUUUCUACCCCCUCCCCUGUCCCGUGUUUUCUUUUUCUCAGCCUCUUUUUCCACAUCUCCAUGUCUCUCCCCGUUUUCUCCUCUCUUUUGUCUCUUCCUCUCUUCAUGACGUCUGCCUCUUCCCUCCCUGGUGACUUACAGAGAAGGAAGGAAGCCUCUCCCUUUCCCCUCCUACUCAACACAUGUUCCUACUAUAUCGCCUGAAAAAGCGUAAUAGCUUUGUCAUAAACCACUACUUAAACUCUAUAGUAUCUGCUGUACAUAUACAGUACACAACUGUACCAUUGUGGUGUGUUUCUUUUGCCUUGAAGCAACACUCACAGCUCUCCUCAUAAUUCCUGUUUGUGAUUACUCCAUUGAGAUGUCUGCUUUUUCACAAGUUGGCUUUCUGAUUACCCAGCUCAUUUUCACAGCUGCUGUGGAUCCAAAUCCUGACUCACUCCUCUAACAUGACAUUGUGAGUCAUUUUUGUUUCAAAGUAAAACCCCUUAGUCGGAAAUCCAGGGGCUAAAAUCAGCAGUUGUAACGCAUAAUGUCGUCCUAAAGUUAAUCUAAUGUGGAUACACUGCUGGAUAUAGAAAAGCUGUAGUCAGUGUUAUUUUGGUCAGGUUCUGUUGCUUUCCUUGGUCAGACGUCGAACUGCCAACAUUUGCAGUUCUUGUGUGUUAAAGUGUUUUUAAAUCUUCAUUGUUACUUGGCACUUCCUUCAGGAUUAUUUGGCGCUUUACUUCGACAUCACACUUUCUCUCAGGCAGAUUCAUUUUUAUUUGCUCGUAUCUGCAUUGAUGAGGGCUUUCAUUUCCUCCCUACCUUUGGGCUAUAUACUCAAGUCAUUGUGGUGCAUGUUUGCACUUUAUUUGCCACAGAUGCCUGAUUGCUGUUUUAGGUGUGAUAAAACACUAAGUUCCUCACAGGCUUUACCGCUGAAAAUCAGUUUGACACGGUGAAAAUUGUAGUUGAGGUUUGGUUGCAGUUAAAGUUUGAAUCUACAAAUACAAAUCAGUUAAGUUAUGGAAAGUUCAUGUGGUUUUGAGGUGAAAAGUGAAUCAUUUUUUGUCAGGUUAAAAUGGGUCAUUUGAGAUGGUUAGAUUGAAUUAAAGGUGGGAAAGGUUGGGGAAUUAUCAUGACCAUGCUUUUUCAAAAUAGUAGCACUGUCUGUCAGAGGGAAACAGCAUACAAACUUUUAUCGAAAGUGUUGAUGUCUGAUGAUGAGCUUCUACUAAAUCCUUAUUCAGUUUGUCUUUGCCACCGCAGUGUAGCUGAUUAAGGCUGUUGUGGUGAGGGCCUUUCCCCUGCUCAGGGUGGCUCAAUAACUUAGUAUGCUGUAUUUUUGCAUAGGUCUGUUAUGUAUUAAAGGGAUAUUCCGAUGUAUAAAUAAGUUGGGGUCAAACAUACUGUAACACAGAGUUAGACACCCCCUCGAGAGAUGAAUGUUGCCGACCACUCACUUCUCUAGUUAUACUUUUAUAACGCUCGCACGAUAGCAAUACCCAGCGGUCUACAUGGCCAGGCACACACCUCAACCAAAGCGCCACUCUAUAGCCACAAAUAAUGCUCAGAACAGCACCUAACUUCAUCAACAGUACAUAUAGGGUCCAAGCCAUAGCACUAGCCACCAAACAUCUUUUUAGCCUAGCCUAAUUUCUUUUAGCAAAGAGACUAAACAAAACUCACCUACUCUCUUCCAGCAGCUGCUUGUUUUUAGGGAGACCUCGGAUGAGUCAAUCACAGACUACAGUGGGGUGACGCAGCUGAAAGAAGAACAUUUAUGAUCAUUUCUUCAUAGAAAUGCAAUCAGACUGAGAUGCUAAGGCAGAAGAACUACCGCGUCUGCAGUGCAAAAUGAUUAAUAUGGUGAUUAUUACUUCAAGGACAUUAUAAAGAAAUGAUCAUAAAUGUUCUUCCUUGAGCUGCGUCACCCCGCUGUAGUCGGUGAUCGACUCGCCCAAAGUCUUUGUAUAAACAAGCGGCUGCUGGAAGAGAGUGGGUGAAUUGUGUUUAGACUCUUUGCUAAAGAAUUUAGGCAAAGUUAAGGAGAGUGUGUCAGUCGUAAAGGGCUCAGGCUCUAAAAAAGAACAGCAACAGAGAGCUGUUUUGGAGCAGAAAAGGAGGGUUCUUGCAUACAGAUGAUCUGAGUCAUUAAUAAGAGCCUGAAUUCACAUCACUGGAAGCUUCCCAGAGAAAGAAGACAAACCCUGCCCCCACUGAUUGCAGACUCCUCAAGCAGGAUUAUAAAUUCUUUUGUAGAUUUAAUCCAUAGUUGUGUACAGAUGUGAUGUAUAUGAAUUAAAUCUUUUACUGGACUUGGCUUGCAGAGACCUUCUCUGUUUCAGCAGGAAGGGAGGUGGACUGUUGGAUUUCCAACAGGUUUUAACGUUAACUUUAACUUCUGUUAGUUUUUUUUUCUAUGAAACUGCUUGUCAGAUUUCGACCAAAUGUCAGUUUCUUUCUCCACCUUAAAAAAACGCCAUCAUCUACUCAUACAGCGUAUCACUGUAAACACGAGUUGGGGGGAGGUGACAUCACUAUCGCAGUUGUCUAUCAUGCUCCACAGUUGGUACUACAGGGACAGCCGUACAGCUGAUAAGUUUUCACUUAAAGAAGUGCAUGUGCUUCCACUUGCUCUUCAGCGGUGUGUUCCUCUUCGGGCCUUCAUGGCAGAUAUCCAGGGUAAUUUCUUUCUUUUUUGAAGAAUGAGAAAAUGAUCGGUUCAAAAUUCUUUGUCUUGAGUUAUCUUUGUGUGGGAACUUUGCAAAUGGUCACACCAAAUUUGACUGUAAUUGUAUGAUAGUGUUUAAGCAACAUAAUCUUUAAAGUACAGCGUAUUUAUUACUCAUACUGCUGGAUGGCAUCAUGUAUGAUUGUCAAGCCCUUUCCUUCCUGAAGCACCGUCUUCUUCUCUGAAGCUAAAGGUAAACAGGACAGCUAAGUUCAGUGUGUCAUCUGUCAAAACAACCAGAGGUUUUCAGUCGUGUAGUUGUUGACUCUUCCCCACUCACUGCCUCUUUCCCUUGCUCUGCUUUCUAAGUAAUAAGCCUGUCCAUUGUCCCUGUCUGGUUCCCACUCGAGGUUUAAUAGUCAGGCUAAUGGUGAUGAUAAUCGCUGUUACAGAUUUUCCCAUCAUUAGCGGCUCAAAGCAGCUGCUGAAAUGCACCUAUUGUUGUGAUUUGAUAUGAACACAGGAACAGGAAAUGAGUGUGUGUUCGUUCGUGUGCAUCAGUGUGAAUGUAUAUGUGUGUAAGAGAGGGAGAGCUAGAUUGGUGUCUGGGGAGAGCAUGAGCUGCGUGCCUUUUUCCAUGUCUUCACUCUGUUUUUGCUUUUUUCCUUGUAAUUGCCAUAUUGUGUAUUUGCAUAAUGAUGUUUUCAAAUUUCCUCAGUAGCCGGGGUCAUAAGAAGACCAAAUCAGUAGCUAUCAGUCUUCUUGGUUUAAUGUCACACUGAGAUUUUACUUCCAAAACAGUGGUGUUGCAAGCUGCGUCAUUUUUUUGAUCACUUUGAAACCCACCUGACAGAUCAGGCUGAUGAGACAAACAUGUCUGACUGAUUUAAGCUCCUUGAGGAUCUUGUCUUUUAGAUCUCUAACAGUCUAACUUGUAGGGGUGGGAGAAAAAAUCGAUUCUCAGAAGUAUCUCAAUUUUUUGUUUGACAGUUUUUAAAUAGAUUUUUAUGUUAAUUUUUUUUUUUUUUUGCAAAUUUAAGAAUACAUCUUAAAAACUGACUUACAUGUGAUGUGUAUUUUUUGGGGGAAAUAUGGUUCUUGGAAUAGUCAGUUAACAAUCAUAAUCAUUCCACUGUUUCACUGGUGUUAAAAAUGCAGACUAAAGAUCGAGAAAACCGACAAUAUCAUAAAAUCACAAUUCAAAUCGAAUCGGCAUCUAAAAAAAUUGUAGAAGAAUCGAAUCUGGAGAAAAGCAUAUCGUCACAGCCCUACUAACUUGUGUAAUAAUAAUAAUAAUAAUAAUGCAUCAGAUUUCAUAUAGCGCUUUAUCUGAGACCCUCAAAGUGCUUUACAUUGGUUACAUCAUUCAUUUGCUCACACAGUCACACUUUGGUUGUGGUAAACUACCUUAGUGUGACUUAGUGGUCACAGCUGCCCUGGGGCAGACUGACGGAAACGUGGCUGCCAUUUUGCACCUACGGCCUCUCCAACCACCACCACACAACACUCACAGUCAUACACCAGUGGAGGACACACACUGGGAGCAAAGUGGGUUAAGUGUCUUGCCCAAGGACACAACGGACAGACUAGGGAUGGGGGGAAUCGAACUGCCAAACCUUCCAGUUAUUGGUCGACCGUUCUACUUCCUGAGCUCCUGCCACUGUUUUUGGAUGACCUGACAAAGGCUGCUGCUGUGUUGACAGGCUGUUUGUCUCUUUGAUUUUGUAUCUCAUAUAAAGCCAUCUAUCUUCAUUUUCUACAGGGUACCUCAUGCUUUCAGUGUUUUCCUUACUCAUGGUAUUUUAUAGUGUAUUAUUUCUUUAAACAAUGUAUUGAUCCGCCAUCACCAGUAAACGAGAGAUAGAGGCCGUCAAUCCCCAUUAGCUUUAGCUCUUAUACAGCGUAGGGAUACCGAGUGCCACAUAGCAACUAAUACAAGGCAUUGCUGUUAGAGUCAGGCAUUUGUCAGUGCUGGUAAGAGCCGAGCGUAAAGAGGUUAUCGAUCAUUUUAUAUUGAGUCGAUCACUUUGGAUAUGGUUUUUGCUCCUUUAGAUAUGCAGAAAGAGAGACGACUGAAUAAACUUUUUUCAGCACUUGAUAUUAGACGUGAUGAUUUUUAUUGGCCCUGGGUAAAUGGCUCAAAACAUGUUUUUCCCACUUCACUUGAUGAGUUUUCGGCUUCAGUCAGUGUGUGAAGAAACCAGGAGAUUUGACAGAAUGAGGAAAACUCUGCACGUGUGCCUCGUCAUCGAACCUUUACUUCAUUUCUGAGUGGUUGUUGAGAAGGACAUGAGCUGAGAUCAGAUGGUCUUUGUCAGUAUUUGACUGUUGCAUCUUUCCUCAUUGUCAGAGGCAACAGGAAACAUGAAUCAGUCUCACGUGUUUGAGUGAAAUGUGCUCACCAGUGAAGAGCGGUCUGUGAAAGGAGUGUGAGUGAAAUUUCUAGUAAUUUGCUGAGGUGAGGGGGUGCAAUAUGUCCAACAUGAUUGCUUGAGCAGUUGCAGUUGCGCACACCCUAUACACUUACACAACAGGUGUGAUGACUUUAAGUAUUUUCCCCCAGAACAUCACAGCUUUGAGUCCCUCAUUACUGAAUGGUUGUCUCACUUUAAAGAUUGAGCACGCUCUGGUUUCAAAGUUACAAAGGAAGUCAUGGUUGGGAGUGGUGGGACACUGAAGAGUUGGCACCUUUUCCCAGAGGCAUUUAUCUUGUAGCAUCGUCAGAGUUUAAUAAGUGAUGGAUGUUGAUGUAUUACUCAUUUGUUGGUAUGAUGUGUCAUGUUUAUCUGAACACACUCGGUGGAAACUGAGAAUAAUAUUCAUUUUUAUAGACGAGCGUAUGAUCACUACAAUAUAUUUUUUUUCUUUGUCUACUUUAGUUCAUCGGGAUCAGCCUUUUAUGUCCAUGUAAGGUGCCAGUUUCAUGGCCACUGCUAUCUUGCUCUGCCAUGUUACAUCCACACAAAUCAGACUUUCCAGAACCCUACAGGGUCUUUUUUCCUCGGAUAGAAAAACAAAGAAGAAGAAGAUUGGGUUAUUGUUAUAACCUGUAAUUGAAGUUGUACUAAUAGAAGUUUUUGACAAUGAUGGAUUAUACUAAUGCUGCGUUCGAGUUACUUCGGUCGGAAGUAGGCCUGUCACGAUAACAAAUUUUGCUGGACGAUAAUUGUGCUACAAAUUAUCGCCGAUAAACGAUAUUAUUGACACCAUUUUUUAAAUUAUAGAUAAUGAUAUUAUAUGGCAUAAUAAUGCGAGUACACCGUGUCAAAAGUGAUAAACUUUGAUUUCCACACGAGAACAACACUGGUUGUUUUCGUUGACUAAAAUAUUUCCCUUUUCUCCCACGACGAAGACGUAACGUUGACGAGCUAAACAUAAGUCGGAGAUGACUAAAAUGUGACGAGACGAAAGUGCGUUUACGUUGAUGGGACGAGACGAAAAUGACGAACAGAGUUGCAAAACUCAGUCAGUUAAACGCUAAACAUAUAGGAGCAGCUUCAGUCCGCUCUGACAGCUCGCAUCAGCCUGCUGUGCUCCUCCAACACACAGACACACACGCACGCGCGCGCACGCACACACACACGUGGAGUUUUGUGGUUGACGAAAACAAAACUGGUUUAAAGCCGAAAUAUUCCCACACUUGGGCGGUUGCGUUCGGUUUAGACACCAAAGCUGUCGUGUUCAUUCUGUUUGCUUGCUUUUCACUCACGACGCUCACUUGCAGCACUGUAUCCAAAAAGUCUGUGGCUGUGUCCGAAAUGGCAUACUGCCUACUAUCUACUUACCUACUCAAGCAGUAGCUACUGCCUACUGACUACUCAAAGAGGAUUUGAGUAUGCCGCGGCUGCCCGAGCGUUUACACACAUACAUACUAAAUACCCCAGAAUGCAUUUCGUGCCGGCCGGACGCAGCGCCGGGAAAAUUUAAAUAGUCCUACCACAAGCCACACAGAACGACUGCAUCCCGGACAAAUUAUAUAAAUUCAUUCAAUAAUAAUAUUUUUUUCUAGCGAGAAAGUAAGUGUUUACAUCACGAUUAUGAGCCCAGUUGUUUGAAAUAGUGGCUGUUUGUAAAUUUGUCUCGGCGUUUUCGGAGACCGAAGCGUCCACUUGGUCGGUGUUUGCGUCAGCAGCCCCCCCUUCACGUUUCCAAAUUAUUGCGAAGUGUUUUCAUAAUCAACAUCUACACGACACAAACCGGGCGGCAGUGGAUGAAAAAAAUCACACAAACAUCCGUGUAUCCAUGGUGAUAAUGCUAUACACCACCUGCUGGCCGUGUGAUGAGCAGCAGAGGGCUGCAAAAUGACCAACACACAACAUAAUUAUUAUGACCUUGUUCGGUUAUUCCUUGGCAAAUACAUCAUUUCCCGACUACAUUCUUUUCAUGUACAAUGAUAAUUUCAGAAACCAUCAGAUUUUCAAUCACAAGUAAGAAUUAGUAAAGCUCACAUAGAUUGUCAACUGGAAACUCCCCCGUUUGUAUAUUCUGAACCAUGUGCUCUCUACCAAAGAUAAUUUUUAUUAAUCAGAGGUCUGUGCUUAAUAUGAGCGACCACUUUGAUGAUGCAUUCAGAGAUGAGAAGAUGCUCAAACUUGAUGUAAUAAAUACAUCUUUAAUAGACACUUAAAUAAAUAAAGUCAAUUCAUACGAAUAGUUAAAAACAUUGCCUAUAAUCCUAAUUUAAAAUACAAAUAAAUCCGGUAAAAAGAUCAAAAUAUGAUAAAAUGAUGAAAAUUGUGUAAUGUAUACGGACUAAAUAUUGUUUAUCUAUUUAUAUAUAUAUCAUUAUUAUUGCAAUCACAUGCCAUCUAUUUCUUUUCAGCCUCGGGAAGGAGGGCCAUAUUACCAGCUGAGGUGCGCAAUGCAUUGUGGGGCAGAAGCAGUACGUGAAGCAAGCUCCGUUGCACACUCAGAAAUCGAAGCCGAUUGAGUAUACAUCCGGGCAUUUCUCGCAUACACAAAAUUCGCAUACUGUACAGUGUGAACGCACUCACACUGCCUACUCAAUUCAGAGGCGGGGUUAGUAGGAGUAGUAGGAGUAGUAGGCCAUUUCGGACACAGCCUGUGUCUGUGUGCCUGACUGUGCGCGCCAGCCCCCUCGUGACAAAGACACUGAAUGACUGACAGGAGGGUUCACUAACUCCGUUCAUUCCGCUAUAGAGCCAACGCCCCCAGGUGCCGAGAAAAAUGCGCAGAGUGAGACCUCUUCUCUCAUCCAGCGUGUUUGGUAGCGAGAGAGGAGGAAAACAAACGCACGUCAAUUAUCGAGGCUGGCAAAGUUAUCGACCUCGUUUUUAUUUAUCGAGCAAUAAGGCGAUUUAUUGAUUAUCGCGACAGGCCUAGUCGGAAGUCAGAUGUCGGAGCUGGAUAUGACGUCACACCCGAGUUAUUUUAGUGCUUGCCUUAUUGUCUUGUUUCCACCUCUGAUUUUGCUUUUCUCUGACUUAGAAAUUAAAAUGCUGGUAACUGGGGUGUGACGUCAUUUCCAGCCCCAACAUCUGACUUCCGAGGUAACUCGAAUACAGCAUUAUAUUAUGUAACACAGGAGCUUCAUGUCCCCAAAGGCCACCAAGGGUUUCAAUGUAGAGUCUGUACUCUGCAUAUAACCACAUAUUGACAUGUCUUCACAGUGGACCUUUGAGUGAUGCCUCUCCACCCAUCUUCAUUUUGAGCUAACCUCUAUAAGCUGAGUAAAAAAAAAGGGAGAAAGCAGCCCUCUGUAGGCUGCUCCUCAUCUCUGCUUGAGUCAAGUUGAGCAACAGAGCUGUCGCAAGCUGUUGGCAGUCAAGUUGCAUUUUGGGUAAUUUAAAGGCAUCAUGUUUUAAGGAAGAAAAUUCUGCUCUGACAAUUUUGGCCUCUUUCUUACCAUGAGGAGUUUAGCCAUGUUAUAGGAAUGAAAUAAAUGAAUGGUUUUUGUUUAACAGUCCUAAUAAAGGGCAUCCUCCUCGACUUUUGUUGUGAUUAAACACAGUUUAAGCCGAAAAAGCAUCAGACUGCUGUUACUCCACAAAUACUAGAGUUACUGUGUGCCAACCUCUGAGAUUCUGAGAAAAGUUAUUGAAAGAUUUAAUACAGAAAUUUUAAACUUUUAAUCCCCGCUGGUCUCACAGUCAGGAGGCUUGAGUGAUUCAGCAGUGGCUGCUUUGUCGCUGAAAAAACAAAAAUCCUUCCUCUGCUCGAUUCUGAGGAGUCACAUACCACCUCUCUUUCCUCUGUGUGGUUCCGGCAGCACACACACACACACACACACACACACUCACACUCACACUCACACCACAGAUACCAUAAACACCACACACUCUGUCUAUACACUGUCUGCAGUUUUCCAGAGAGUUCGAAGUGCGGCUAAUCUUUCAGCAGGAAGAGGAGGAGUUGUGGAAGGACAUGGAUCUGGCCAAGACACACACACAUAGGCAGAUACAUUUUCAGUACAGACACAGAGUUAGUGAUAAUAUUCCUGCUUGGCUGUUGGACCUUCUCCCCCUUUGCUUAUCCUAAUCUGUUAUAACAAUGGGUUUAUUGUGAGCAUAAAUAUAUGAGCUUUUGAACAAAACUUUGACUGUACAUGCCAGAAACUCUUCCCAGUGAUCUGAUAUUAAUUCUCUUGUUAUCUCCACAUGUGUGUCCUCAGUUGAUGGGUUGGAGAAAGAAUCACUUUCCAGCUGUGAAGUCGCCGUGGAAAGUGCCUCCAACACCUCGAAUACUCCUGCAUCACGGCAGCAGCGAGGCAAGCUCUCAUCACUAGGGAAACUGUUCAAACCCUGGAAGUGGAGAAAGAAGAAGACCAGCGACAAGUUCCAGGAUCUGUCCAAAGGUAUGAUGUCCCAAGUUUGUGUGUGUUAUAGAGGCACCGCAUGAAGACAGGCGUCUUAUUCGUAUCAACAACACCAUGGAUGGAUUCUAUGAGUGGAUUGGUGCUGAGCAUUAAAUGCUGUAAAAGGAGGGAUGUGAGGUUUGUUUGCUGCUUAUCGAUUGAUUCCUGCUCAAGUGCUGGCUAAAAUAAGAAAGAACAGGAGCGAACACAGAAAGCAGACGAUCUUUUCUUUGCAGCUUCUAUGUGUGUGUUGUCUCUUUGCUCUAGUCUCUCUAUAGGACCAUGUCCCUCAGGUUCAUUUCAGGAUACUGUCCAGGGGAAGAGCAAAAACAAUCAAUGUGUAAACCUUUUUUUCCUGUCAGAGACAAGAGGCUUCAUUUAGAAACAAUGCAUAUGCACAAAACAGCGUUUCGCCUCUGAUCCUACCCAGCAGGUAGUGGCAGAGCAUGAAAGUGGGGAGAGGUGGUGAUAUGGCCCACGUGUAUGCACAGCUCUGAGGUGGGGGAAAUUGGCAGAGGUGGAUGGUUAGAGGGUGAAUUGUAGUCAGAUUAUAUAUUUCACAUUUAAUACCGUUCAAAGUGCAAAGUAGGAAACCAGACUGUGUCCUAAUUUCAUCGUCGGGCGCAACAGGCCAAAGUGAGAACAGAAAUGCAACAACUUUCCAGCACAGUGACAGUAAUAUCCUCUUACACUGUGCAGCAACAAAGUGCACAGAUACACAGUGAUAUCAGGGCUGUCAGUGGUAUUACUUUUUUAAAUGCAGUAAAAUCCAAUCCAAACAUUUCUUUGUUGUCCCAAGGGUUAAAAAAAAAGAACUUAAAAGUGAAAGUUAUGACACUUUACUUGACGCCUAUCUCUAUAACGCAUUAUAAAUGUACAAUGUGUUAUAAUCAUGUUAUAGCACUGUAUAACUAUAGUUAUAAACACUCAUAAAUGAUCAUGAUUUACAAGGUCAGGUAUUAUAAUGUGUUAUAACUGUUUACAAUUCAUUGGCAAUGCCAACAUAGAUAAUGCAAUGCGACUGUUGUUAACCUAACCCUAACCUUGUAAGUCAUGAUAAAAUGCUUUAUAAUGUGUUACAAUUAUUGCUAUAAAGCAUUAUGAUCAUGUAUGAGUGUUUAUAACUAUAGUUAUACAGUUCUACAAUGUGAUUAUUAUACAUUAUAUAUAUGUAUUUAUAAUGCGUUAUAGAGAUAGGUGCCAAAUAAGGUGUUAGUUGUCAUUUUUGUGGCUAUGAGAGCUGGUGCACUUGUGUAGAAAUAGAAACUCUUACAGCUUUCAAAUCCUGUUUUUUUCUGUAUUAAAAUCAUUUAAAUGGAAUUAAAACAACAACAAAAAAGAUCCCUCACCAUGUGGGGUAUUGGAAAUUUCAUGGCAGUUAAGUCAGAUUGUGCAAAAUUAAUCUUAGCAUUGUGUUAGGCUUGGUUUUAUAACACUACCAAACAGGCUGUAAUAUCAGUAGCCAUAUAAUGUCAUUGGUUAAAACCAAUCUGAUUGACUGCCAACUCAAAUAAUUUGCUGAUUUCAUUACACCACAAAGUGUAGAAGCUGAUGCCAUUUGUGGAAGAGCACCUGUGGUGAUUUGUUUCAAGCACAACCUUAAAGAUACUCAACUUUUUCAGCUGAUGGUGCCAAAAAAAAAAGCGUGUACAGGAAAUUUUUUACAGCGGCAGUUUAGACAGCAUGAGAUCAUAUCUAUCAAUACCAUAAAUGUAUUGUUUACAGACACCUCCUACAUGUAAUGUCUCUUUUUGGAUCAGUGAGGGUGCAGUUGGGUGUGAAAUUUAGCUCACUUCCUCUUCAGUGACUCAAUACACGGUUCUGUCAUGUGCUGCGGACUGUAGUGGGAUUGCAGUGGUGUUUUUCUCCAACUGAAUAAAGAAGGUAGCCGUUGUGCAACGCUUUCACAGAUGAGUGAGUAAAACACGUCUGAUAAAUCCUGCACUGACUUGACGUUCAUCUCUCAGUUUUAGAGAGAAAAAUCUCCACCAGACAGACGAGGGAGGAGCUGAUCAAGAAAGGAGUUCUUAUUCCUGACCAAGGUAUGUCUGUAAACUCACCAACAAGUUUCAUUUCCAUGUUCCUAUCUGUGAACUUGACAGUCUCAGACCUGUGUAUCAUGAUUUGGGUAAAUCGAAAGAGAAAUUAUGCUGAAAGAUGACCAGUGACAGAGCUUUAAUUACAGCUUUAAACAUUUAGUCAUGUGUUAAAAUGCAGUUUGAUCACUAACUGCUCACUAUCACUAUUUUUUCAACAAUUAUAAGAAUUUUUUCUUCAUCCCUGCCCUUUAGACUAACUUCAUCAUGUUAAAAGUUGGAUUAUUUUGUUCUGCAACAGCAGAACUUAACGGAAAAUGCAGGGAUUUCUGUGAAAGUACCUGUUUUCCCUUCUUCUCUUUUAGAGGAAACGAUCAGUAGUGAAAAUCUGAACGGUCAUGCCACAGCAACAGAAACUGCAGAGGAGGUCAAAGUUGACAUUGAGUCUCCAGAAACAGUGCAGGAGGAGCAGGCCACUGGACCCGCCAACACAGAGGACAAAGAGGACAAAACAGGUAAAUUGACCUCAUACUUUGACCUCUGAUCAAGCUGUAAGCAGCUUCACUUUUGAAAGUCCACACUUAGAUAAAACUUUUUCACAGGCAGUUUUCUUAUAGACGUCUUUUUUUUCCUGAAAUCUUUUCAAAAUCAGAAGUGACAGUUUGUUUUGUUAAUAUGGGGUGACCCUGAUAGGAGAUCCACUCCCCCAUUUCAAGACUAACUUUUAGAAAAGACUCUUCAGAGACCAAAUCUUGUAUUUGUAGAGCAAAGUAUUCAAAUUCAAAAUAGUGAUGAAAACUCAUUAAUGAAGAUCAGAGAGAUUGUUUCAUGAUUCAGUUUCAACAUUUAAAUGGAAAUACAAAUGGUCACAUGUCUAAAUGAAGCACAGAUGAUUUGGGCGUUUACAUUAAACGUGAUUAACCUGAAGGAUGACAGGUCUUGUGAAGGGAAUAACUUUGAUCUGUUUUUCAGCCACAUAGCUUUUCAAACACAGGUUUUAGGAUAAUCCUCCUGUGAUCGCUCCAUUUGGAAAUUACGCUUGGUUGCGCCAUCAUUCUUUAGCUGUUUGACAGUCAUUUAAUGUACUGUCAAACAGUCUGGCGCUGUAGCAGUAGAUGACAGCUGGCCUCCACUGUGAGGGGUUUGCUCUCUUUACUGAGAAAUGGCACAAUCAGGCAUCUUUACCAGUAUUGGCAUUUUAUUUCGAAAGAUAUUAAUGCUUGCUUUCAACAACAGCAACUAUGAACAAAGCGGUAAUACUGAAACGUGAACAUAACAGUUAUGGUUACAUAACAGUAACAUGAUGGUUCUGCUUUCCUUGAGGGAAAAAGUUGUUGUUACUCUCCAUCUGUGACGCUCUAAUGUCUGGUUCAGAGUUUAAAAUGUGUUUUCUUGGCACAUGCAGAUACUCUUAAUCCUUAAAUCCAGACAUCAGCUCUGUAAACAAAUAAAAAAGCAGGAAACUCUUCCCACCAGAAUGACUCAGAACAUGUUGGGUUUCUCACGAUUAUGGAACUUGUGCUGCUCUUUGGUGACGUUUUGUCGAAAUGGUUGAAUCAAGUGCAGCUUUUUUUAGUUGCCUUCCCCACGGUUCUGAAAUGCAUUUGCAUCGGUCACAGAUUUGUGGCCGACACUGAAUCUCUUCUCUUUGGGAUCCCAGACCAGGCCUAAUGUGCUCAAAUAGAUAUUCCCAUUAUAUCAGCCUGCAGCAGGCAUUCACAGUCUACACUGAGCGGUAACCUCCUCCUAAUGCCUCCCUCUGCCUCAAGAGACCGGCCCCGGCUCUCCUGUCUGAUGCUGCCUAAGUGUUGUGCUGUUUUCAUCUCAACCCUGUUAGCAUUGAACUCUGAGCCAUUUGUUUGUUCAUUUGUCGAUAAAUAGAAAGGUGCAGGGUAACAAAUCCUGCAUGUAUGGGAACAGGACACGCAUACCUUCACGCUGAAGGGAAGGUUGAUGGGCACAAUUUAUACACCGUAUUUCCAGGCUUAUUCUUGUUUGGUAUACGUUUUCAUGGAUGCAGUCUAAAUACAGCUGCUCAAUACCUAUCAUGUCACAUCAGUAUCAUGUCUUCCAACUCACCUCUUAUCUUUCAAUGCCUCUUUGUUUGCUUUUCCGUAUUUGUGCAACAUUUAUCCUUUAAAAAAAAAACCUUUAACAUCAAAUUUUUUCCUCCCUGCCUCCACUGAUGUGCCCAGAGAGGCGUGAUACUAAACCCCUCACCCGGGCGAACCAAGCGCGACUUCGAGACGCCCAAGCUAAAAAACAGCCAAGCAGCACUCAGCCCGCCUCUUCCAAAACUGCAGGUGGCACAGCAGCCACAACCAGGCACAGAGAAGGUGCUGCAGGGACUAAAAAGACAGCUAAAACCACAGGCAAGGCAGGCUCAUCCACUCAGUCUAAAGCUAACCCACGGAGUACUAACGCUACUGGUCAAGGGACUGGUAAGUUCAGCUAGUUUGGAGCCUGUUUGCUGCCUGCCUGAACUCCCUGCAUGGAAAAAGUGCUCGUAUCACUGUUUGAAAGGAAACAAAAGUCAUCACUAAGACCUCUGCUGCACCAGAAGCCAGGGCUUCAUGCACACUCUUGUGAAUUCUCUUGGUCAAGUUCCUGUCAAGCGAUGACAAAAUAGAAUUUCCCUGUUUUCCCGACUUGACAUUGUCCCUUUCUCACCAGAGAGUUCCAGUCAAGGGAGCGAUUGUGUAUGUGUCUCGUUCACAAUCUUUCUGUUUUUAAAGAAAGCAGAAGUGAAAAUCUUUUCUCUGGCUCUGCGAAUUUCUCACAGCUCAAAUGUGCACAGUGUUUGAGUCUAUGUAUGUGUGACAGUGAGUGGGGUCAGUGUUGCAUGGCUGAUUAUAUGUGUGUAUUUGUGUGUGUGCUUGUUUAACCUGCAGCAUGAUGAGGCCCAGCAGCACAGAGAGCAGAAUGUUGCAUGUGACUGUAACAGUGUCUUAUCUGAAGGCCUCUGUUUAUUUUAGGUUCAGAUUCUGGGGAAGGGAAACGAUCUCUAGAUGACAUUUAAGUUUGUCCUUUUCCUCAGGCUUUCUGUACCAGCACAUAAGGGUGCUUCACUACAGCACUACAUACAUCACAGGCAUACAGGCAAAGUUUAGUGAUCUGAAAUAGUUAACUGUUAAGAGCAAUAUGGCUACCAGGAUGUUUAUUCUUUAAACCCCACGACAGUGGAAGUUAUACACAUUAUGAAGUUUGCAUUUGUCAAUGACAAAAAAUGGCUUACCAAUGUUUUUGGACAGAAGGAGUCAAGGAGAUCAUACUAUACUCAAUAAAAUAAUGAUGAAAAAAAUCACAGUUCACAUCCACAGUCUUUUCUUAGCCUAAACAAUCAAAUAAUCUGUAUUAUUUAAUCCUUGUUUUGCCCCAAAGGACUUAAACACACCGUAAUACUGAGUUAGACAUCCUGUCGAGAGAUGAAUGUUGCCGACUGCUUGCUUCUCUAGUUAUACUGACUUUUGUAAUGACCGCACGAUAGCAACAUACAGCAGCCUCAGGAGCCACAAACAAACCUCAACCAAAACGCCACUCUAUAGCCACAAAUAAUGCUCAGAACAGCACCUAACUUCAUCAACAGUACAUAUAGAGUCCCAGCCAUAGUACUAGACACCAAACAUCUUUUUAACUUUGCCUAAUUUCUAAAGAGACUAAACACAACUUACCGACUCUCUUCCAGCAGCUGCUUGUUUGUAGGGAGACCUUCAGAUGAGUCCAUUACAGACUACAGCGGGGUGACACAGCUCAAGGAAGAACAUUUCUGAUCAUUACUUUAUCAUUUUCUUGAGGUUAUACUCAUCGUAUUAAUCAUUUCACGCUGCAGAUGCAGAUUUUCUGCCUUAGCAUCUCGGUCUGAUUGCAUUUCCAUGAAGAAAUGAUCAUAAAUGUUCUUCCUUGAGCUGCGUCACCCCGCUGUAGUCCGUAAUGGACUGGCCCGAGGUCUUGCUACAAACAAGCGGCUGCUGGAAGAGAGUAGGUGAGUUGUGUUUAGUCUCUUUGCUAAAGAAAUCAGGCAAAGUUAAAAAGAUGUUUGGUGGCUUGUACUAUGGCUUGGACCCUAUUUGUACUGUUGAUGAAGUUAGGUGCUGUUCUGAGCAUUAUUUGUGGAUAUAGAGUGGGGUUUUGGUUGAGGUUUGUGUGUGGUUCCUCAGACUGCUGUGUAUUGCUACCUUGUGGUCGUUACUAAAGUUGAUAUAACAAGAGAAGCAAGCGAUUGGCAACAUUUAUCUCUCAAGGGGGUUUCUAACUCGGUGUUAUGGUGUGUUUAACCCUAACUAUAUUUACGCCGGAAUAUCCCUAUAAUACCGCUACUGACGUAAAAUUGUGUGUUUAAAAAAAAAAAAAAUAACAUGUAUACAAUCAGAAACUAAAAGCAGAGUUUUAUGAGAAUACAGAUGGUUUUUGGUUUCUUGAAGACACUCCUCAUUAAUUUGUCAAACACUGAUUAGUGUACCUCUUCACAGAUUGAUGUAUAUUUGGUUGCACUGGUGCUCCCCACUUCGACAAGUAAAGGACACCGGCAAAAACUUAAAGCAUUCCCCAAUCAAUAAGGAGCACCAUAAUUAUAACGUACAUAUCAUCAACAUAGGUUUUAGUUUAGUGAUGAUAAGCUCUUCUGUGGCAGUCAAGCCCACGUUCAGCUCUGCCAAUGAAGUGGAACAGCCAGCAGCAUCCUGACUAACACAAACUUUUGACAGUCUUACAUCCGUCUUUGUCACACGUUUGUCUCUGAAUUUCUUGUGUUAGGUGCUCUUUCCCCAUGCUCGGUCAUGUUCUCAUAUUUAUGUUGCACGUUUUCUGUGGAAAAUAAAAACCUGCUACCUUACCAAAUGCUUUACAUCGCACACAGAGCUUUUUUCAAAACAGGGCCAUUCUCUAAAAACUGUGAACUCUCUUUGCUGCUGGUGCACCUGCAUUUACCGCAUCAACAUCAUGAACUUCGGAGGUUGCAUAUCUCACCAUAGGUGGUCCAGGAAACAAAGCUUUCCAUGCUCUUUCCAUCUUCUCUCCACCCCUUUUGAUUUUGCAUGAGUUAACUCUGUCAGGGAGUGAUUAAACAUUUGAAUAUUGAUAUAUGAAAAUAUUAUGAUCAUUGGGAAUCAAUAAAGUUCUUCUUAAUUGUAACACCAAUUCACAAAAAAGCGAGAACCAUGUGGAACAGAUGUAGACUGUUCAUUACUGUAUUUAGACCGACCCCACAACUCUUCUAUCAACAAGCUCAUGAUAACUGCAGCUUUGUCAUUUAGCAACAACUAACAUCGCUGCUUCUCAUCAAACAUACAAACGUGAACACACAGCCUGUAAGCUUCCCCUGCACAUAUCGCUCCAGGCUGUUUAGAUUUGUGUGUGGUCUCUCGCUGUCAUUACCUCUGUUAUUAACGUGCUCUCUUGUAAGCCACAACACAAGUUUAUCUGCUUUUUUUCCUCUUCGUUUUUCUCCUGCAGGCUGCUUUCAGUUUAACACAGAUGUGCUCAUCCAGCUGGCAGGCAGAGAAAAAACUGGAACAUUUCUGAUAUUUCUAUAACAGCCCUUCCCUCUUUCUUUUUCAUAUUAAUUCACAUGAUAACUAAGUAAUUGUUGGCAGUGUUAUUGAUCAGAUAAAAGAUGAAGAACUCUAUGGCUGACUGAGCUACUUGAGGACAUAUGAGCAUAAGAAGAACUGCAUUGAAAACUGUUUUUUCUACAACCUGUAAAUCUUCUGACUCUGGGGGUUGACAGACAAAAAGCCCGAAAGUCUAGUUUAUAUCUUUGCUUCUUCUCCCCCCCUCAGUCAAAUCCACCCAUCCAAAGAAGACAGGAACCACAACAAAAACCACCCCAGGCUCCACCUCAACAUCCACCUCCACCCCACGUUCUCGUGCAUCUAAGGACAGUGCAGCACAGAACGGCGGGACAGAGGGGAAGACCAACCGGAAAUCAGACGUUCCCACCUCUUCCUCAGUACCUCACAAGGCCUCCACAGAGACUCCUAGCAAGCCUGGGGAGUUAAAAUCCUCCCCCCUUUCCUCAGACACCAAGACAGCCGCCUCAUCUAAAGGCUCAGGCAGUGAUUCAGGAGGGACUCACGCUGCUUCUCAACCUGAUCCUGAGUGCAAAUCUGCCCCUAAUGGCUCAACUGCAGCUGAGGAGACCCCCAGGGAUAAGGCUGCAGAAACCACUGAGCAGAUUCCCCAUAUCAACUCUGAAACAGAGGACACUUCCUUCACAGAGGGAGAGACGGAGAGGAGCUCAAAUGGAGGGGAAGAGGAAAGAACGGGAGGGGAGGGGAGAGAGGAAGAAAAGAAGAAACAUGAAGGAGAAACAGAGUCUUCUGUGGAGAACGGCCCGAGGUAACAAAGUCCAACAGGAGUAACACACUAAGUUCUGAAGUCAUUAAAGUUUGAAUCAGUUUUCAGAAACACAUGUGCUCAUACUGUUUGGUUGUUUUCGAUGUAGUUCGUCUCAGCCGCGAGCCGAAAGGCCGGCAGGCCUCAGUGUGAACACAGAGCAGGCCGAGGUGACGGUGAUCCCCGAUAGGCCGAGAGACAGCACGACAAGCGACUCCGACUCUGAUGGACCAAUCCUGUACCGCGAUGAGGAGGAAGAGGAGGAGGAGGAUGAGUACACAGAGAGUAUGAGAUUAGUUUUUCAACACAUUAAACAGCACUGAGAUUUGAAUUAAGUGAUUUAUGAUACAAAGAUACAGACACAGUGCAGUUUUGAUCAAUAGCCAUACCCGAAUAUGACCUAAGAAUUACUGCAUUAUGGUUUCUCUAUUGAGGGUGAAUAGAUUCAAGGUCCUAAAAAUGCCUCUGACUCAUCCUCUCUGUUGUGUUCCUGUUUCAGGCGCUCUGGCAAAGAAGAUCCGCCGACGAGACACCCUGAACAUCAAACUGGGGAACAGACCCAGCAAGAGAGAGCUGGAAGAGAAAAACAUUCUGCCGCGAAGCUCUGAGACGGAGAGACACGAGCUCCGCCAGCAGAUAGGCUGUAAACUAGUCAGGUACACACAAACACACACACACACACACACAGAAAUCUUACAAAGUGUGAAAUUUCACCACAAAUUUGGCAGAGUUAAGGAGGUACUUACAAAGAUUAGAAAUGAUCUUAUUGGUGUGUCCGUGGGCGGUGAACAAACGAUGCCCUAAAAAAAUCUGGCCGCAGUUAAGUUUGGCCUUUUCACGCUAUGACAGAACAGCCCGUGGCAGAAAGCCCCUGGAUUUCUUACAGACAAAAAAAAGGUGACAAAUAGUCAUAACUGUGGUAGUUAUUGUUGCUACGCUUCGUGGUAGCCAGUGCCUUUAUAAAUUGAUUUCAUAUCUACUACUUGUGAGAAGAGGAUGUGAUCACAGAUUUCUUUUUUAGGCGCCUGAGCCAAAGACCGACCACGGAAGAGCUGGAGCAGAGAAACAUCCUCAAGCGUGAGUUUCUAAAACGCCAUAUAAGGGCUGGUUUAUGUCUGUCAUUAUGUUUGGAGACUUUGUUGUAGAUCAGAAUCAGAUUUUUCUCUCCACCUUUAUAAACUCAACUUAUUUGUUCCCACACCUAAUCACCUUUGAAUGAAAUCCAUGCUCACAGUUCUGUACCAGCUCAUUUACCACAUGGUUGGUAAUACAUAACCUUUUGAAUUAUUCAGUUCUCACAGCGAGACUUUUUGCUCUGACACCUGAUGCAUCAUUUCUGGAGUUGAGGGUGGCAUAUAUGGGUGGAUGCCGGGUUUAUAAAGACAUAAUGCCUGUAAAAGGCUUACACUAAGCUCAAAACUAUUGCAUUGUUUUUCCUCUCAGUUCUACGUGUUUCUUGUAUUCUUCCUUUCUGCACAACAAGCCCGGUUGCUGAAUGGUUAAUAAAGUUCACAGGUUUUAAAAAGAGCUACAGUUGCUGCGAUUCCUAUAAAUAUACUCGACACUUAUGACUUCACUUUCUGUGAAGCUGUUCUCAAGUUUAUUUUAAGUCUUAACACUUACGAAGGAAGAGGAUACAUCAUACUUCUGACGAUGGUCUGACUUUUAAACAUCAGGUAAUGUCUGUCACAUACUGCAGGUGUUGAACUUCAGCAAUUUAGUGUUUAUUGAUUUCAGAGUGGUCACACAUUGCUGGAUAUGACUGUCUCAGUUAUCAGAUUAAAGAAGCACAUGUCUGUAAAAGUCAUGCGUGACUCUAUUAGAAGCAGACCUACACUGAGUGACUGAUUCACAAUCAGUUGUUUUUACUUACUGCUUCUGAACUGGCUUCAUUGACACAGAUUGUUUUUCUUUACUUUAGUUACAACACUGCCUAAAAUUAAAUGACUACAGAUCAGUUAAUGAGGCUGCAUUAUACCCAAUACACCCACUAUGCUUUACAUAAACUCUGAUACUUUGUCAGAUAGUUGAAAAAUUGUACUCAAUGUCACCAAGCAGGGAUUGAAUCAGUAAGCUCGGGGUUUUGCUAGAUUAGCUUCAGCGCCAACAGAGACUUAAAAAGGGGCAUUUGAGCUUGAGGUAUUAUGGUUUCAAAAGUGUUGUGCUCUUGGACUCAGUGAAACAAUUCAACCAGCCAUUUCUACCUCUAAUGACCAAGUAGUUCUGAACAGUCCAGAGAUACUUGUUUGUACUUCAUGGAAUGAAAAUUAAAACUAAGAUAUCAGACAUCACGAUUCAUCCAGUAAGAUUAGCUUCCAAAAAUAAAACAAUUUUAAGAGGAAUUUUAACAAAGCCCAAUGAGAAAACGACUUUAAAAGUUCUUGUAAAUGCUUUUAAGUGUGGGAGCAGUCUCCCUCUGUGAGUGGACACUUAGCUCCUUGAGGCUGUAAUAAAAUACAUAAAAGCCUAGAACAGCUGUUAAACUAAUAAUUCGACCCUUGGCCAUUACCACUGACCCGUGUACUUAUACUAAUACUCUGACAGUUGUUGCACAAACUCCAUUUGGACAUAACAAAUCCAUACUUCAGAUUUAUUAUGUUUACAGUGUAACACACAGGCAUGGUCUGAUCAGAGCUGAAAAAAGUUUUUUUACUCACUUUUAGAAGUGUCAAGUGUCUGAGCUGUGGUCCAGAUGGCUAACUCUUUGUCACUGAUAGGACCAGCAGUAAGUGUCAGGCCAAGAUAUUCUCAGGCUGUUAACCUAAACACAAAUAUACACUCAAUAUCCACCUCGACCGUACAAGGAUGCGUAAAAGAUUCAACAAAGAUGAUAUACCGGUCAGAAUAAGAGUAGCUAAGUGAAGAAUUGUGCCUUUGCUUUCUGUAUGUUAAAGCAAUCACUCAUAAUAGAUAAUCAUGGAGAUGGUUUAAAACCACGUGAUGCUGUUUAAAGACAGCAGCUGAAGUUUGUAGCAGUCACAGAAGGUGUGAAAUGACUGUUUGUUCUCUGAACGCAGAAAAAAAUGAAGCAGAGGAGCAAGAAGCCAAGCAAGAGAUUAAAAGGAGACUUUCCAGAAAGGUACUGUAAACACCUACUGCACACACACGCGCACACACACAAACAUGCACACAUGGGAGAACUGAAAGGACACAGGGGGGCUAUAUUUAGCUGUUUUGCUUCACCAUAUGAGUCAGAUGGCAGAGAGGAAGGAUGAAAUCAGCCCAUCUAGUGGACAGAGAUAGAACUGAAGCUCAUCUCUCUGCUCAGAGGUUGUGUUGUCUGUGUAUUGUCCCUCUGCUCCUAAAGGGCAUGCUUCUUUUCUUAUGAAACAUUUUUAGAUAACAGAUGCAGGGAACUGUUUUAAGAUUGAACACUCAUGUUUCCAUUUUGUCAUCCUUAAAUAUAAGUCAGAGGUCUGUAGUUGAAUUUCUCACCCUCUUUCUUUUUGUGUGUGGUUGUAGCUGAGUGUGAGGCCGACUGUGGCGGAGCUUGUCGCCCGCAGAAUCCUGCGUUUUAAUGAGUACGUAGAGGUAACGGACGCCAAGGAUUACGACCGACGGGCAGACAAACCCUGGACACGGCUUACACCAGCUGAUAAGGUGAUAAAUCCUUCAUAUUCCACAUUGUGAUAACUCUGAUUUUAGUUCACCGAGCUACAGGAGGUGGAGGAUCUGCUGCAUGGAUUUAGUACAUGACAACAGAACAAGGGUGAACGCCUUGUGCAUUAAUUAUACAGCUGUUACAUCCUCUGCACUUCUAAUGGCAGCUCUACAUAAAAUUUUAGCUUCUGGGAUUUGUUCUUAUUCAGCUCACAAGAGCGUUAGCGAGAUCGGGAUCUGCUUAUGGAUGUUUCACUUCAUUACAGAGAUGUUGGAUGGAGAAACAGGGCAGUGCAGGCUAGUCAUGUUCAUGCACACCAGUGUCAACAAAACAUGAGCACAGACUUCUCUCUGUGAAAAAGGAAAGGACUCACCACAAACUGUUGCCAUAAACCCAGGAAAACAGUUCACAAGUUUAACUGAGACAUGAGUUACACAAUAUGUCCUUUUGAGCAAAUAGUGAAUGUAAAAACCUACUUUCCGCCUAAAUAAACAGAGGAUGAAAAAAAUGUGUUGAUUAAUCACAUGACCUGACCUGUUUUUGCAAAACUUCCUGUCUGUAGGAAGAAGCUCAUCAGGGUGUACUCGAGGGCAGUUUCUCUGUGAAGACUGCCCCCUGCUGUCGAUUUGCAGAACUAUAGAAAAUAUUGCCAAAUAAUAUUGUGCUUUACUUUUCUACCCAUGCUAUGUGAUGUUAUGAAAAUAGGCCACUUUAUGCUGCACAGAACUGGAACAAACUUUGGGUAGUUAUGAUCAUAGGUCAGAGACUUCAUCUAAUCAGAGUAGAAAUCACAACCUGACCCUGUUUGUGUUUCUAUGUGUGCUGAGAAGGCAGGUGGACACUGAAUAACUGUGUGUAUGUGUUUGUUAUAUCCUCAGGCUGCCAUCCGUAAGGAGCUGAAUGAGUUUAAAAGCAGAGAGAUGGAGGUUCAUGACGAAAGCAGACAUCUCACCAGGUACUAAAGCAGUCAACGGCUUCUACUGUUCAGCCCAAUUUAGCUGUAGCUCUCUCUCUCUUCAAUAACAAUUCAUCAGCAUUAAUCCUGCUGUUUAUUAGCUCACAUUGAUCAAUACCACAAUUAUUCUGGUGCCUGAAAGCCAUUUCCUCUCUCCACGUUGAAGGCAGGAUACAUUGCACACACCUUAGUGGACUCGAGUUCAUUAGCCUCAGGUAUUGAUUGUUAAUAAAGUUCAGCCCUACUCUCUUAUGUUCCUCGACUCGACCUUUGCCGUGUAGUUUAAUAGCAGUGCAGAAUACAAAUUUUACACCAGCGACUCCAAUUGCGUCAUUCUUUCUUUGGUUAUGUGGAGCGUCCCGGUGCUUUCGUAGUUUUGACUGGUUUUGUGGAUGUUGCUCCUCUUGUAUUGUUUCUCAGGCCUCAUGAGAACAGUUCAGCCAGGCCAGUCUGAAUAUUUCUUUGUAUUGCAUAAUGAUUUGGAAACAAUAGCCUCUUUCUCUACUGCUACAGAUUCGAGGUCAGUCAUAAAUCUUGUGCAAAACUAUUCAAAGGUAACAUUAUACCCACACUUCUUAUUCUCUAAAACAGAGAGGAGUCAUUCAAAGUGCCUGGGAGAAAUCUCAUUGGAUCAGAAAGCAGCUGCUGUAAUAAUCAAAUUUGCUCAUAUUUUCCAUAGAGAUUAGUGCUGUUAUAUACUUAAUUCAUAAUACUCCACUUAUUGAAAUGAGCCUGAAUGUGACCCCGAGGACAGAGAAUAAACUUCUCUCCCUUCUCUGCCUCAUUGACUAAACAGUGUUACUAAAGUCCCCACAUAAUAGAGUGACCGUACGUCCUCUUUUACCCGGACAUGUCCUCUUCUUUGCGGGCUGUCUGGCUUUGUCCAGGGAAGUUUAUAAAGUCCUUCAAAUGUCCGCGGUUUUGUACGGAAGUUUUGAGUUUGUGUCAUGUGGACUUACUGAGUUAGAAACGCGUAAAAGACACUCGAUCCGAUCUGAAAAACUCUGAAAAUUAACUUUGUGCGACUCCUUGACUCUGCCCCCGCAAAGUCAUGUCCUCUUUUAGGGAAGUCAGAAUAUGGUCACCCUACCACAUAACCUCAUAACAUAACACCCUAGCAUCUUGAGUUAUUAAAGAGAAUAACAGAAUGAGAGUGCUCGUCAAAAAAACGGAGUGUGAUGACAGACUUUUCAUUUACACACCUCGUUGGAGUUCACAGGGGGAUGUAGAAUUUCUUCUCAGUGUCAAGAGUUUUGAAUUUAAAUGUAAUAGUAUUUUAUUUGUUGUGUUACUUGGUUUAAAGGUGAAAGCACCUCUUUAAAAAGGUUUUAGCACUGCAAAGAUAUCUCACACAAGCGUUCAACUGGAAGCAAUGGAAACACGAAUGAAAAUUGAAGCAUUUGGAAACACACAACAACAAAAAGUCCUGAUCCGAAGCUUGUCUGUCUGUCUGUCUCUGUUUUUCAGAUUCCAUCGACCCUAAUCCCUCUCGCCGUCUGCUUGUACGUCAGCACCAUGAGCUCUCUGGUCCACAGCUCCCAGCUCUUCAUCCCCUCAGUACACAGUUCAGUCCUGUCAAACCCCUGGUGAUGAUGAUGAUGAUAUAUGUCUGUCUAUAGUAAUGGCUGCAAGUGUGUCUUAAGGCUUUGGCCAUCUAUGGACUCUAGUGAAACAUUUGCACAGAUCUGUCAGAACAAUGGUGUGUAUAGCGCUCUGAUUAUUUAUUAUAGAUGACCAGAACUUGCUGGAAUAUCUUUUCUUUUUGUUCAAACUUUUAUGUUUCUUUCUCUUUUUUGGGGGGUGGGGGUGGGGGGGAUAACGCCAGGCUUUUUAUGAGAGGAAAUUUGGGCUUAAUUACCCUCAAGAGUAGUGAAUGUGUUUUAGGUGUGAGAGUUUGUGUACUUGCCAAGGUAUGCCUUGUGAUAAACUGCCAAAUGGCCAAAUAUGGGCAUCCUCCGACAGCAGGAAAUGGGAGCGAUUGGAUGGCUUCCUGCUGAUGUCAGUGCCCAUGUCAUAGAUCAGGGGGGAGCAGAGACAGUUUGUUCUGCUCUGAUGUGCCUCUAGGAAUUGAAUCUGACAUACUGCAGUUCAUUCGAAGACAUAUUCAAAUUAUAUCUGCCACUAGGGGGCAUUAUAUCAUUAGAGUUAUCAACUGCACAGGUAAGACAUUUAUAGAGAGGAAGAAUAAGUGAGUGUUAUUUCUGCUGAAGCGCAGGGUUUAGUGGACACCUGAAGCUGUAAUAAUGAAGUGCAAUGGAAAUCACUCCAAGUUUAGCCAAUCCUGAUCCCUCAGCACUCUGGCUGUGAUCGUGUACCGCCACACAUCCUGCGUUGAGGAAUUGAGAGCAAACCUUUGAUCGUCAAGUGCUGAACUUGCUGUUUUUUUGGGAUCUAAUUUUCACGUUUUGACUUCAGGUUUUCAUUGUGAGUUUUUUGACUGGAGCUUUCACUCAGUGACUUAGUGCCAAUCAAUAAGCAGGAAAUUAAUUACAUUUUGGUGUUUUUUUUACUUGAAAGUUUACAGGUUUGAUUUUGUUUGGAAGUGAUCAGCUGGUCUGGAGGGGGGGGGGGGCAGUACUUUAUUUUCUAUCAUUUUGAACAUGUUUUUGUAGUUUAAUCUGUCAGAAUGUGAUGGAUAUGUAAAGACAGACAUGACCUCAAGUGGCCCUUUUACAUCUUGCCUUAACAUGCACCUUUCAAUUAAAAUGAUUACGAAAUAGACUCAAAAAACAAAGUAUCGAGAAUCGUAUAGUAAGCAAGUGGUUAUGCUUCAAAAUAGAAUCCCAGCAGGGUGAGCAGAGAUCUCUUCAAAUUGAAUCUGACAGGGCAAACGAUGGCUUAUUUUCCUCUUUUUUUCUGAUUUGUAGUAAAUAAAACAAUGAAUUCAUUAAUUAAUCCAUCCGGGGAUAAAACUAAAAAACUUUCAAGAGUCUCCUUCUAACACCGUGAUGCUUCAAUUCAUCAUCAGGAUGGAAGUUAAAACAGGAGAUUGAUACCGCUCUCAUCUCCAUGCGUCAUCCAUUAGAGUGGUGAUUGUCCCAUUUAGUCCUCAAUGUCAUUCACACUUUAGUUUUAUGAAUCAUUGGUUCAUUUAAUCGUUAAAGUAGGACUGGUAGUGUAACUCUUUGGACUGACUAAUGUGAUUUUAAAUCUUUAAUCAAAUAAGGAAAGCGGUUAAGGAAGUACUUUUGUUGGAACAUGCAGAUACAUAAAUAUUAGCUGUAUACAGAGAUUUUAUAACCAUGACUUCUAUGUGGUAUGAUCAUUUCAAUCACAAUAGAACUUUAUUUAACAAAGAUUUAAGGCUUUUAAGUUCUCUAUAAUAAAAAGUCAACUGCUCAAUCUUUUUAAGGUGUCAGGGAGUCAGGGAUAUCUGCACGUUUAAGUCAGUGGAUUUUGGCUCUGAUGAAGGCCUGACUGGCCCACAGGUCGGCACAUUAAAGUGAAAAUUGCACUGAUGAAGUGUGCCGAUAUCUGCUUGUCUUUAAGUGCUUUAGGAAAAAUACACAAGAGGUGUGUUAAUGCAAGAUGUUAAGGGAUUUGACAAUAAUUUGGGGGGAAUGUUUAGCUGUUCACAAUCAGAACAACAAAACCUAAAAAUGAAACGUAUUUGUAUGAAUUAAAAACUCCCUUUUAAAGCUCUUGACAUAUUUAGGACGUGUAGAAAAGCUUGGUUAGGAAAAUGAAACAUUACCCCUUAUUAGCUUGUAUAAAAGUAUAUAUUUGAAACUUAAGAAAGGCGUGUUUCCUCCUAGUGUAUUUGGACUCUGAAGGAGAUAACGGCUGAAUAGUGAGUGACAGAUUGAGCCUGCUGACGCCCAAAGGCUGCUGCUCUUAUAAAAGAUCUCCCACCUCCACAAGACUCAUCAAAAACAACGAAAGGACAGAUUUACCCUGAAUGUGCCGGGGUUGUAUCAUGAAGUAAUGCACAGUGAGAAAACGACAGUAUUCAGUGAUGUUAAUGUGUAUGUUGUUAUAUAUUGAUUAUUUUGUACAGAAUGUAUAUCGAGCAUGUGCAUACAUUGAAAUCAGUUUUAUUACCAAUAUGAUACAAUAGAACUUUGAUGUGAAUGUUUUACGCUCUGAUUUCAGUCGUGUUUUUUUUUUUUUUUGUCACCCACAAACAAUGGAAAAGAGUCCCACCUGUUUUCUAGGCAGACCAUGUACCAGACAUUAUAUAAGGAGUUAGAAAUCUGCAGCUCAUUUCGUAUUCUUCCCACCUUCACUUGGACUGGACUCAGCAGAUGCAGUGCAGCAGGUAUUUUCAUGGAUGGGCAGUUUAAAGCAAUUUCAAAUCCUUCUUGGAACUCACAUUUGAUUAAUUUCUCUAGAUUAGUGGAGUUCACCUUGCACCAGCUUGAAAGAAAGCAGACUGGAGGUGCCUUGAAAAAUUGAAUAAAUCAAAGUAAGCGUUAAGCGAGCAAAUAGAAGCUAUAUUAACUUAGGUGCGGUGUAUAACCCUGUUGCAUUUUGUGAGUAAGCAAAUUCUCUGGGGUUAAUAUGGUGGACAAAGACUGUUGGAAAAGACCAGGAUACUCUUUUCUCCAGGUGUCCUCCCAUUUAAAACAGAGAUGAGUCAAUACAGAAAUAACUAACAGAGACUGUCAUCAUUAAUUUCCUGCAUCACUGGUGCAUAAUUCCAAAUGUUUUAUCUCAUGAUUAGAAACGGCACCUAAAUGAGGCAGCAGAGAGAUGUGACAGUUGGUAUGAACUCAUAAACAUGUGGUAUUAACUACAGGGAGCGAGUCCUAUCAAAUAUUUUACGGCUGCUCUCAGUUUCAUCUCACCUUGUAACCCACGGAUCAUUGAGACAAAGACAAUAAAACUUACAGAUAAGACCUGAGAGGCAUUAGAAGUCUGGAUACAUGCCACACUCUUCAGUAAUGCUCAUAAAGCAGAAAAUUUGGAUUUAUACAUCCAGACAUCUCCGUUUCAAGUGUGUGCCUUUGGAAUAGCAAAUAAGUCAGUUUGAGACAUUUGCUCACUAUCCGAGCCUCUCAUCUUAUCAUAGCUGCAGAUUUCUGGUAACGCUUACAUCAGAGGAUGACUGCUGUCACGCCGGUGCUUAUUUAAGCUUCCUUCAUCAUUUCUCCAAACCCUCCAGUUUUUAUGUUGAGCCAUAAUCAAUCUUCUGCUGCUGCUGUUUUUGAUCUAAAGCUUCUUAUUUGUAACAUGUAAUCUUUCCGGAUCAUGUCAGAGUCACAGUGAAGUUUCAGGACUUAGAGGGGAUUCCCAGGUGUCACUCAGUCACACUUUAAACCUUCUGGGUUAAAAUACAGAGAAAGAGAGAUGCAGACAAGAAUCAGUUUUUUUAAAGUCACAUGUUAAUGUCAUAUAUUCCUAAAAUCCUUACUGUUACGUCCAAACUGUGUACAUUGUUUUUGUAUAUAAAGAAUCAUGAAAACAUUUA